AUGAUGCUAUACAAAUUAGUCGUUCUUGGAGAAAAGGACUCUGGAAAAACGGCUCUUACAAUUCAAACCUAUGAUCCAACAAUAGCGGAAUCAUAUCAAAAACAAGUGGUUAUUGAUGACCAUCCCUGUGUUUUAGAAGUGCUGGAUACUUUUGGACAAGAAGAAUAUACAGCUCUAACCGAUCAAUGGAUCAGGGAUGGUGAAGGCUUUCUACUCGUAUAUUCUAUAUCUUCACGAUCAUCAUUUGAACGCGUAGAACGAUUUUAUGAUCAAAUUAUACGUGUAAAAGACACUGAACUCGUUCCAAUGAUGCUUGUUG